AGCCUGGAAGGAGGAAUUCCUAUAGGCCUUCCUCUAUUGUAUCUUUUGUUUGCAGUUGUUGAUCUAACGAAGCACUAGCCUGGCCUCAGUGAUCUGGCGGACAACGAAUCAAAAUCCCAAAAAGGAUGCUAUAUUUUUUGCGUACAAGAACCGCCGUCUGUUUUGUGUUGCGGUUUAAUUGAUUAAAAAGCUCACACAGAAAAAAAAAAAAAAAAUCAAACACCUUUGUUAUCAGCUUUAAUGGCCGGAUCGAAGCAGGUCUCAGAUGAAAAUGUGAAAGUACCCAAUGUUUUUGAAAGAGCCAAGGAGGAGAUCCAGGCGGUAAUGCACAGCGACAUAUUGCAUCGCCAUCGUGAGGAAACUCAUGGCACGAGUAAUUACAUUGAUGAAAAUACCUCACUGGAUGAUGUCAAAGCUCCCAAUGUGUUUGAGCGAGCAAAGGAGGAGAUCGAGGCUUUGAUUCAAACUAUCCAUCCCAAGAAAGAGUCUGAAAAUCACAGCAAAGGGGAUCAGUCUGUGCAAUUUGAGUCAGAGAAUGAUGUUAAGCCAACAAAUUUAAUUGAAAGAGCCAAGGAAGAGAUCGAAGUAAUAAUCCACCAUAAGAAUUCGCCUCGCAUUCAUCACAAAGAAACUCAUGGAAAGGGAGAUGACAUUGAUGAGACCACUCCGAUUGAUGAAAUCAAAGGGCCAAGUAUUUUCCAACGAGCUAAGGAAGAAAUCGAAGCCCUUGUUGAAACCAUCCACCCUAAGAAGGAAUCCAUCAAUUUUGUUUCUUCACCGAUGAAGGAAGAAGGUGGCUUUGGAGCUUCUAUCGGGAGAGGGCUUGAAAAAGUAUGUUCACCAUACAAGGAAGGUGGAUUUGGAGCAUCCAUUGGAAGAGGGCUUGAAAAGGUUUGCUCUCCUUGGGGUAGUAAGAAAGAUUAAAUUAAAAUUUUUGUACAGCAAUGGUUGUUCUUGCUUGCUUGAUUUUUCAGGAUUAAUUAUUGAAUAUUGAUGUACUUCAUUUUGUUAUGAGAAUGUCUAUAAAUACUUUUAUCUGUUGAUGAUCA